AUGGCUGUGAAUUCAGGGCCGAAGGCCAUGCAUUUGGUUGUUGACUCUGCUGGUUUUAUUGAACAAGCAAAGUUGGAUACGUACGGUGUGAAAUGCCACACUACACAAUCUGUACUUGACGAAAUUCAUGACAAACGAACGAGGGCCUUCAUCAACACACUUCCUUAUCCACUGAAUAUUGGCGUACCUACACCGGAGUCCAUCAAAUGGGUUAAAGAUUUGGCUAAAAAGACUGGCGAUUAUCUGGUCCUCUCAAAAACAGACAUUGAAGUAAUUGCACUCGUCUACCAGCUUUAUACAGAGGUGACUGGAAAGGAACCAGUUGUCAAAGAAAUUAAACGCCCCACUUUCACAGAUAAACUGUUUCGUUGUCAAAAACCUCCUGAUCUUUCAGUUAAAUCUAAAUCUAGAAAAGAGAUACUGACCGACGAGGAUUUUGAUGCGGAAUUAGUUAUGAAUGAAAUAGAACAGGAGCUUGAGCACGUUCAGGAAGAACCACUCGGUGGUCAGAUUGGCGUUUCUCUAGACGAUGGCGAAUUCAACGCAAAUGAAUUCGGUUUUGGGUGCGACUCUGAUGCUGACAGCAGUUCCGAUGGAGGAUUUGCAUCCGAAAAGUCCGAGAAAAGCGAAGAAAUUGAUGAAAAUGAGUGGAUAACUGCGGAUAAUUUUGAUGAAAAACUGCAGGAAGGUUUAGGACUCGGUGCCCUUCGCUUAAAUGAAGAAGAAGACAUUGCUGACGAUGCCUCUCCCGUACCUGUCGCUUGUCUGACAAAGGACUUCGCAAUGCAAAAUGUAAUGAUGCACGCGGGUUUCACUCUCCUUGCCUUAUCGGGAAAGAUCAUCAAGUGCGCUCGAACUCACGUGUUGUGGUGUGGGUCUUGUUACGCCCAUACAACGAAGCAGAAUUCCUACUUCUGCGCGAUAUGCGGAUACCCGAAUCUACGACGAAUUCCCGUCACCUUGCAUGAGGAUGGGCAGCUGGAAUUCCAUUUUUCACGGAAAUUCAAGAAAAACCUCCGUGGAACGAAGUUCCCGGUAAGUCGACUGAAGGGUGGCAAGCACUCCGACAACCCGAUUUACCGCGCCGACCAACGUCUGCCUGACCGACGCGCUCCCAAGCCCAAGAACCCCAAUGUGCUGCCGAUGGGUAGGAAAAAGCGGGAUACGAUUGACAUCUGA